CCAAGCCGAUUCGAGACGAGAUGAGCCAUAAAUGACCUUCCCCACCUCACCCCUUGCUGUCCCUAGUCGUUCCCCUGCUACUCACCGUACUCCGUUUGUUUGUACUGGUACUAACGGAUUAGCUAGGAUGUGGCAGCAGGAGAGAAACCCUAAUGCAGGCCGUUCAGGCGAGCCGUGAGGUGAAGUCACACUGACGACCUGCGGGUCCGUCGCUGUAUCUAGCGGAGACGCCAGCCUCCUCCGUCCAUCGCUAUUGUCACAUCAGCCAUUGUCACGACAACCAUUGUUACUCGCCAAUGCACCGCAUCCGUCACCCACUGGGUGACAUAGCCGUUAUAGUCAUAGGAGCUGAAAACUCCCACUCUAUUACUCCAUGCCUAACUCUGCUCAACCCGCGUGAGCCCUAAUCACCGCUAGUCAACUCCAGUCAACCCUGGUUAACCUUAGACUCUCCUGGUCAGCUGUCUUGAGCUCUCAACAGGCGACACCGCGUUUUUGUUUCGCGCUCGGGUCGCGUUGUUCCGUCUCCCUUCCCAUGGCGUUGCCGAAUCGGCAAACGCUGCAAUGCUCGCAAGCCGCCCGGCGAGGCGCAUCGCGGCUCGCGUGGCGGCGACACGCGUGCCUCAUGCUUCUCGUGCUCGCCGCUCUUCCCUGCUGCGCGCGCCCCGCAUCUAUAAUCACGCGGCCAAAAGCAGCGCCGGUAGGGAGGGGAGAGGGAGAAGCAGCGGCGGGUGAGGGGAGGGCAGCGGAGGGUGAGGAAAGAGGGGCAGCAGCAGCAGCAGCAGCAGCAGCAGCAGCAGGGGCAGCUUCGGUAGAGGAAAUGGCCCCAUCCGCUGCUGCUGCGGCUAGUGCUGGUGAUGAUGGUUAUGGUGAGGAUGGUAGAUGCACGCUGGAGGAUUACAACGGGUGCUCGGAUGUGCCUCUAACGGUGCAUGAGACGGCAAUGCGGGGACGAGCCAUGCAUAUAAGGGACAGCAGCAGCAGCGACAGUGGUGGUGGUGGUGGUGGUGGUGGUGGUGGUGGUAGAGACAGUGAAAAGGAGGGGAAGAAGGAGAAGAAGCGGAAGAAGGGGAAGCAGAGGAAGAGCGAGAGGUGGCGUGGUCUGGGACCCAUUUACAGCAGUGAGGGGUGGAGGGAGGACGAGAGUGCGGAGGGCGAUGGACGGCUAAGAUUGACCCUCAUGAGACGGUCAAAGUCACCGUUUCUACUGGACACGGCGUACCGCCCGGGGCCCUACGCUGCAGGCUUGGGGAGUCAAGUACCCACCAACAGCGGUGUGCCGACAGGGGGGAGGAGAAAAGGUAGCAGCAGCAGCAGUUCCAAGCUCUCGGGGCAUCCACAUCCCACAAAGCAUCGUCAGUCCGAGCAGCAUGAGUCAAAGCAGCACCACACAUCAAAGCAUCACACUUCAAAGCAGCAGCACUCAGAGCAUGGCAGGUUGAGCAGCGAGCAGAGUCGGCGGUCGGCGCUGUCCAAGUGGUCGGUGUUUGAGACAGUAACGCCCUUCACCACGUCGCUCCUGGCCGAGGCCGUUGACGGCAUGCUGGGGACCGUGGGAGGCAGCUUCAGCAAGGAGAGCGGCUACUACGUGGCGCUGGACUUCGGGUCGGAGCAGCAGACAUUCUGGCUGCAGAUCGACACCACCACGCCCGUCUCCUGGCUCUCCUGCGACUGCACGCAGUGCUCCUCGGGCUUCCUCUCCGGCGCUGCGUCCCCACCCUUCGACCCCGAAGCCUCCAAGUCCAACGUCCCUCUCACCUGCGCCGACAAGACGUGUGUCAGCAUGUCCUUUAUCUCCGGCACCGCCGCUGUUGGCUGUGGCAUGGCGCGCUCGCUCCCGGGGGACGCCGAUGCGUGCGAGUACGCGCAGCGGUACGGAACCACGGCGAGUGGAGGGAGCGGCGUGAGCGGGGUGACGGCGGGGACGACGGAGGGGCGGCUGCUGUAUGAUAUCGUGUGGCUGCCACUCAGGAACGGCACCCUCACAAAGACCUACGUCAUCUUCGGGUGUGGCAGCUACCAAACAGGCAGCUUAAGCGGCGUGUCCCGAGCUCCCGAUGGGGUGUUUGGGCUGGGCCGGGGCAUACAGUCGAUAGUGUCGGUGGCGGCAGGGCAGGGCGUGUGGACGGACUCCUUUGCACUGUGCUUGGAAGGGGACCCCUACGCGUUCGGCAGCUACGUGGUGCUGGGGACGAGCCUGGGGCCCACCGGCGCGCACUGGACGUCGUUUAUCGAGAUCGCUGACAGUCCGCUCUACUUCAUCCACAUCACCGGCAUGUCGGUGGCCGGCACGCCUCUCGCGGUCGCUCCGCGCAACUUCCGCCCACCGUCCCCCACGGGCGAGGGGGGGGCUGUGCUGGACUCGUCCACCACCUUCACUGAGAUCCCAGGGGAGGUGUACCGAGCUCUUAUCACGGCUGUGUUUGAAGAGGUGGGCGGGUUCACGUACAGCAAGGAAGAGACAGCCAAGCGCAGCCUCAUGUGCUAUGUCAACAUGGAUAUCGCCAGCAAUGACCCUGCAGCAUUCUUCCAGCGCUUUCCAACAGUGACGGUGCAUCUAGCAGGCAACGCCGAGUAUCUUCUCUUCCCGCAAACCUACCUCCUUGCUUCCCCCCCUGACGGCCUGGCGUGCUUUGCAGCUGUCAGAUCGCCCUCCCUCAGAACCGUGCUGGCAGAGUCGUGGCUACGGAACAAGUACAUCUGGAUCGAGAGAGAAAAGGGCGUCAUGGCAUGGACAGAUGUUAACUGCACAACCAACGAGCCUAUAACCAGCACACCACCGACCCCCGCUCCCGCCGCCCCUGCCCCUCCUCCUCCCCUCAUCCGCCUCCCCUCACCCGCCCCUAUCAACCCCCCACCCUCUCUCUCCCCUCCUCCCCUCCUCAUUGCCGCUCCUAGCCCCCCUAUAAUCCCCAACCUCCCCCCGACACAUGGCUCCAUGCGCUCACCUCCCCCUGUUUCCUCUCCCCCUCCUCCAUCCUACCCUCCCCCCGAUUCUCCCCCACCUGCGUUCCCCCCACCUCCUGCACCAGGAGCACCGGCCUCCUCCCUCAAUCCACCCUACCCUCUCGCACCCUCCUCUCCUCCAGAGCCCUGCACGUCUGUCUCCCCCACAGACUGUGACUGUUUCUUUGAGGGGAACGACGGGUCAAUCGCCACCUUCCCCCUCUCCUCCGCCUUCCCGGAUUCGCCUAUUUCCCCUAACCUCCUCUGUAGGCUAGGCUUUGGGGGUGGGGAGUCGGGGGGGGGAGGAAGCGGCGGGGAGGCGAGUGGGGAGGCUGGAGCACCUGCUGCUGCGGAUGGGGGAGGGGGAGGGGGAGGGGAGAGUUAUAGUGUUGGGUCGGCGAAUGUGAAUAGGGUGGAGGUGGUGUGUGGGGGCAGUGGCGCAGGGGCGGAUGCCAGCAACCAAUUUUACUUUCAGGGACCGCGCCUAGCCGCACGGACCUUCCAGCCGCCAUUGGGCGCGGCAGCAUACGCGGGGGCGACGGUGCGAGUGUCCUUCUCGUCCAUGCAGCUGUCGUCGGGCUCCUUGCAGCUGAAUCUCAACGCAGGGGACGCCACGGCUGCUGCUGCCCUUGCCGAGGACCGCCGAUGCGUGCUUUUCUCCCUCUCCUAGAUACCCGUGUGCGCACACUCACUGCUUGUACUCUCAUUCACGCUCUUGCGCACAACGCACGCACAAGCCCUUGGAAGCGUUUCCUCCUUGGCCAUCUUUUGACGCAAGCACCUGGACUAGCCUUCUCCACAUGUCUGAUACAUCCCUUAGCAGCCAAUCAUGUUUCAAGCUAGAUGCAGCACAGCAAGCAACUCUAUCGAAGGGGGGAGCCUGCUUACGGUAUCUAAUCAAGCCCGUGUCUUGAUCUAAAGCUUCGCCGACUGACCGACCAACCAUCCGAAGAUGUUGCCAAGAAGAGUUGCCUUGCCUCACCCCAGAGAAACCGACAGCAGCACCAUCCAUUGCCUACAGCCCUCAGUGUUACGUACUGGUACUAUGGGUCCUGCAUCCAGUCCUCCUCACACUUGGUCACGGUCGGUCACCUCACCUCACCACUGCCGCUCGCUGACUGACUGUCAAAGCAGAUUGAGGAAUUGGGUGGAUACCGUGAUAGAAUGACAGAAUGCUGGCCUUCAGAUCAGAUAUAGAAUGCAAUGCUGCUGCCAGGCUGUGAAAGAAUCCAGCAGGAUGCUGCCGCAGGGGGUAUGGGUAGGUAGGUAGCACAGGCACCUGUUUACCCCUGACUGAUAGAACUGCUGUCAUGCUGAUUUUUCUAAUGCCGCUUGUGCAAGGUAUG